AAGGCGGAAUCCGAGCAUAAGCUAUUAGGACUGUCCUUUAAAAGCCCAAAAACGGUUGCACAAAAAAAUCCGACAUAAGGAAGUAUAUAAAGUGAAAAAAGCUAUGGCGCCAUCUGAUAAAGAGUUGGAGCUGCUGUUAAUGGAGGCUGGAAACAAGCUCCUUGAACCUCCCUCCUCAGUUGAUGAGCUCAUCACUCUCCUCGAUCAAGUUGAGAGUUUUCUUUCAAGGGUGGAACAAUCACCAAGCCAAUCAAUGCAAAAUGCACUCUCUGCUUCACUUAAAGCAUUGAUUGCAGAGCAGCUUUUCAGACAUCCUGAUGAUGAUGUCAAAGUUGCAGUUGCUGCUUGCAUCAGUGAGAUAACAAGGAUAACUGCACCGGAUGCUCCUUAUCAUGAUGACCAAAUGAAGGAGGUCUUUCAACUGAUUGUAUCAUCGUUCAAAAAUUUGUCUGACAAGUCCAACCGCUCAUAUAUUAAGAGGACCUCAAUUCUUGAAACUGUUGCCAAAGUCAGAUCGUGUGUGGUGAUGUUGGAUCUUGAAUGCAAUGCUUUAAUCAUUGAGAUGUUCCAGCGUUUCCUUAACGGGAUAAGAGAUUAUCAUGCUCAUACUGUCUUUGCAUCAAUGGUGACAAUUAUGACCCUUGUGUUGGAAGAAAGUGAAGACAUAUCUAUAGAGCUGCUCUCCCCAAUCUUAGCUAGUGUAAAGAGAGAUAAUGAGGAAGUUCUUCCCAUUGCUCGGAGGUUGGGAAAGAGUGUGCUUGAAAACUGUGCAUCAAAGCUGAGACCUUACCUAACGCAAGCUGUAGAGAACUCAGGCAACUCUUUUGAAGAUUAUAGUAGUGUAGUAGCUUCCAUAUGCCAAGUGGCACCCAGUGCUGUGGCACAGAAUGAUGCUGCCACCAACAAACCUGUGGAUGAUAAGAGCAAAUCAGCAGAGGCACCUUUGGACAAUGCAGUGCAGGAGGAUAAAGAGAUUCCUAAAGAAUCAGAUUUAACUGAACAAGUUGAUCUUGCAAAUGAAAAGUCUCCCAAAUCAGUUGUUAGCAAUGCCAUUGUUCAAACUGAUGAAAACAACUCACUGGCUUCCUUAAAGAAGCAAGAGGAAGACCACCUUGCCAAUAAGUCGGAGAAUGCCAAUACAUCAACUGUUGCUGAACCUGAUGAAUUGGAAGGUGAGAAAGUGGUCAAUUUAGAUUCUAAGCUAGAGCAAAGCACCAAGGAAAAAGGGAGGAAAUUCCAUUCAAAAUCAGCGAAACCUUCUGACAGCACUCAUGUUGGUGGGAGGGAAGUUGAGACCUUAACUGACUAUAAAGAUGACAGCAAGGAUGAUGCUCAUCCACCGAAAAGUAAAAGAGAGACGGAUGUUCAGCCUUCCCUAACAAAAGUAACUAAGGAUGAAUCCAAUGAUGUUGCUUUCCCAACACCAAGUGGGACUGUACAUGAUGAGAGCCAUUUGAAAAAGGCUGCUUUGCCCAAAAGGAAAGACUGCUUGAGUAAGGAGAUCACUCCUGUUGAAGAUGUCUCCAAGGAAUCAUCUGAAGUGGCAAGUGAUUCAAAAGCAAAAACAAAUAAACGACCGGGGAAAAAGGUUUCUUUUGCAGUUUCUGAGGCUAGUGCUCCAGCUGAUGUAGAUAAAACUAAGAAAGAAAGUGGCACUGCUUCAGAGGCAAAAUCACUGAAAUCCUUUUCAAGGAAACUUGGGGAUAAGACAAGGCAAGCUCAGGGGAAAGUUAUUCCUGAGGAUGGAACAAAAAUCUCGACCAGGAAUGAUGAUGAGGAAAUGGUUGGUUCUCCAAUGGCAGUGAAGCCAAAUAAACAUGAUUCUCAGAUGGAUGAGACCCCUAAGACAAAUUCCAAGAGAAAGCAUACCGCAAGUAAAGACAAAGCAUCUGGUACCCUAGAAUAUGAUGAGAAUCUGGUGGGUUUGAAGGUGAAGGUUUGGUGGCCCAAAGACCGUGAAUUCUAUGAAGGUGUUAUUCAUUCGUUUGAUCCUAUUAAAAGGAAGCACAAGGUGUGCUAUGAUGAUGGUGAUGAAGAAAUUUUGAAUCUUAAGAGAGAGAAGUGGGCAGUGAUCUAUGAUGAGACUGCGUCAGAGAAGGAAGAUGGGGCAGAUCGUCCAAGUCCUGAUGGUUUAUCCGAAAUGUCUCAAAAGAAGAAAGCAAAAGCAGCUGAUCAACCAAGCAAGAAAGCUAAGAUGGAUGCUUUGCCAAAAAGGGGUGGAGGUGCUUCAUCUGGAAAAUCCAAGGGUGCUGUCACAAAGUCUGGUCAAAAAACGAAGGAAGAUGGUAAAGAGGAUAGCUCCAAGAGUGUGGCUAAAUCAGAAAAUGUUACCAAAGCCAAGCAGCAUACCCCUAAAAAUGGUAGUAGAUCAGUUGAUGGCGCUUCAAAAGUAGGCAACAAAUCCAAAAAUGAGGACACUGGUGAUACACCCAAGUCUACCAAAUCCAAGGAUGAUGUCGCUUCAAAAAUAGGCAACAAAUCCAAAAAUGAGGACACUGGUGACACACCCAAGUCUACCAAAUCCAAGGAGGAUGUCACUUCAAGAGUAGGCAACAAAUCCAAAAAUGAGGACACUGGUGACACACCCAAGUCUACCAAAUCCAAGGAGGAUGUCACUUCAAAAGUAGGCAACAAAUCCAAAAAUGAGGACACUGGUGACACACCCAAGUCUACCAAAUCCAAGGAGGAUGUCACUUCAAAAGUAGGCAACAAGUCCAAAAAUGAGGACACUGGUGACACAGCCAAGUCUACCAAAUCUAAGGAUGAUGACAAUGUUACGCCAAAAGCUUCCUUGUCAAAUCAAGACAAUUUGAAGACAACCGAGUCCAAGCAGGAAGCCCCCAAAGUUUCCUCCAAUCCUAAGGAUAAGCCUCUCAAAAAUGAUGGUAAACCAGACACUAAUGGUACUGGUAAAUUGAAAUCUGGUUCAUCAAAGGUGAAAGAAGGCGAGAGCAUAAAAGAGAGCUCACCUGAUUCAGCUGAGGUUGUGGAAACUGCAAAGCGGAAAACCCCAAGUUCAUCUAAGGGACAGGGAAAUGAUCCCAAGCCUGCAAAAAAGCUGCGAGAUGAGCCAAAAGCCACUUCACCUGAACCGUCAUAGCCAGCCAAGAUGGUUCUUGUCCAUUGUCGAACUUAUCUGAAUCGUAGUUUUCAUUGGAGCCUUUUUAAAUGUCCACAGUGCAGCUAGCCAUGCAUUUAGUAUUGACAUAUGCUUAGGCUUGUGGCUAGCAAAUAUUCACAGUUACUAGUGUUUUGUAGGGGUCAAAGUUUUUUAUUUUUCGGUUGGGUAAAAGAAAUUCCUGUUAUUUAAGGUGCAGCAUCAGGAUAGAUUGGAUUAGCCUUUGUUUUGUCUUUUGAUUGCAGAGCUGCUUAGAUGGAUUAAUGUAGAACCUUUGUUAAAGCAGUGGUGUUGAUUACCUUUUUUCUAUCCCAA